AGAGAGAGAGAGAGAGAGAGAGAGAGAGGAGGAGGAAGAAGCCAUUAAUGCAGAGCUCAACCACCCAUUUCUAGGGCAAUAUUACUUCACUCACAUUCCACAAAGAGAUUAACGACGCCUCAGAUUCACCAAUGUGAUACUCUCCUCUUCAAGCAUUGCAUUGUUUCUUAGUAACUUUCUCUCUCUUUUGGUGCUGGAUUACUUGUCUGUUUCCUUUCUCUGGUUUAGCUCAUAGAUCGCGGUCCACCAUGUGGAACACGGCAGAGAACGUGUUCGUUCGGACGGCGUCGUUCAGGGAGGAGGGGGAAGAUGAGGAGGCGCUCCGGUGGGCGGCACUCGAGAGGCUACCGACGUAUUCGCGUGUGCGGAGAGGAAUUUUCAAGAACAUUGUUGGACAUACCAAGGAGGUUGAUGUUACUGAGCUUGAGGCUCAAGAGCAGAAGCUUCUUAUUGACAGAUUGGUUAGUUCGGUUGAUGAUGAUCCCGAGGUGUUCUUUCAACGAAUGCGACGGCGCUUCGACGCAGUUGAUUUGGAGUUCCCAAAGAUUGAGGUUAGAUUUCAACAGUUGACAGUAGAAUCGUUUGUUCACAUUGGAACCAGGGCUCUGCCGACUAUUCCCAACUUCAUGUGCAACAUGAUGGAGACACUUCUUAGGAAACUGAAAAUAUACAGCAGUCAGAGAAGUAAGCUGACAAUUUUAGACAAUGUCAGUGGAAUUAUAAGACCUUCCAGAUUGACUUUGUUACUGGGUCCCCCAAGCUCUGGAAAGACAACUUUUCUUCUAGCCCUUGCUGGUCUCCUUGGAAGUGAUUUGCAGCAAUCAGGGAGAAUAACAUAUAAUGGGCAUGGCUUCAAUGAGUUUGUUCCGCAGAGGACAGCAGCUUAUGUUAGUCAGCAGGAUCGACAUAUUGCUGAGAUAACUGUUAGAGAAACCCUUGAUUUUGCAGGCCGUUGUCAAGGCGUGGGGUUCAAAUAUGACAUGCUCAUGGAACUAGCAAGAAGGGAAAAGAUUGCAGGGAUAAAACCUGAUGAAGAUCUUGAUAUAUUUAUGAAGUCCUUGGCUCUAGGGGGUCAAGAGACAAGCCUUGUGGUGGAGUACAUUAUGAAGAUUUUAGGGUUGGACGUGUGUGCUGACACAUUGGUAGGAGAUGAAAUGCUAAAAGGGAUUUCUGGAGGUCAAAAAAAGCGUCUUACAACUGGUGAAUUGCUCAUUGGUCCGGCAAGAGUUUUAUUCAUGGACGAGAUAUCAACUGGGCUUGAUAGUUCAACAGCCUAUCAAAUUAUCAAAUAUCUUAGGCAUUCUACCUGUGCACUUGACUCAACCACUGUAGUUUCUCUGCUGCAGCCUGCUCCUGAAACCUAUGAGCUAUUUGAUGAUGUUAUACUUCUUUGUGAAGGCCAAAUUGUAUAUCAAGGACCCAGAGAAGCUGUUCUUAAUUUCUUCGCAGCUAUGGGAUUCACCUGUCCAGAGAGAAAGAAUGUUGCAGACUUCUUGCAAGAAGUUAUAUCAAAGAAGGAUCAGGAGCAGUACUGGUCAGUUCCUGAUCGUCCUUACCAAUUUAUCCCCGCAGCAAAGUUUGCCAAAGCUUUUCGUUUGUAUCACAUCGGGAAGAGUUUAUCUGAAGAAUUGGAAGUUCCUUUUGAUAGACGUUAUAACCAUCCAGCUUCCUUGUCAUCUUCUCAAUAUGGCGUAAAAAGGCGUGAACUUCUUAAGACCAGCUUUUCAUUGCUAAGGCUAUUAAUGAAGCGAAACUCAUUUAUCUACAUUUUUAAAUUUGUUCAGUUACUAUUGGUUGCAAUAAUUACAAUGAGUGUCUUUUUCCGGACAACAAUGGAUCAUGACACAAUUGAUGGCGGAGGAAUUUAUCUUGGGGCACUCUACUUUUCUACUGUUAUCAUCCUUUUUAAUGGAUUUACAGAGGUGUCAAUGCUGGUGGCCAAAAUUCCUGUACUUUACAAGCACAGGGACUUGCACUUUUAUCCAAGCUGGGUUUAUACUCUUCCUUCUUGGAUCUUGAGUAUUCCAGUUUCACUCAUGGAAUCUGGUUUCUGGGUUGCAGUCACGUAUUAUGUGAUUGGAUAUGAUCCUGCUAUCACUAGAUUCUUGCGGCAAUUUUUGUUAUUCUUUUCUCUGCAUCAAAUGUCUAUAGCGCUCUUUCGCCUCAUGGGAUCAUUGGGCCGUAACAUGAUUGUUGCCAAUACCUUUGGAUCCUUUACUAUGUUAGUUGUUAUGGCUCUCGGAGGAUAUAUUAUUUCAAGAGCUUUGGGUAAAAGCCAAGCUGUAGUCUCCAAGGAAGAACUGCAAGAAAGAGAGAAAAGAAGGAAAGGAGAAACUACUGUCAUUGAGUUGAGACAGUAUUUGCAAUACUCAGGAUCAUUGAAUGGUCUGAAUCUGAUUAAGCUAGUGUUGGGAAGAAUACAAGCAUGUNGGAUGGUACUUCCCUUCCAACAACUUUCUAUGUCUUUCAGCAACAUUAAUUACUAUGUUGAUGUUCCCAUGCACCUAAAGAUUCUACGUGAGAUUACACAUUGGUUGGAGAGAGGAACGGAGNAGGACAAAUUGCAACUGUUGGUUAAUGUUAGUGGAUCUUUCAGACCAGGUGUGCUUACAGCGCUACUAGGAGUCAGUGGAGCUGGUAAAACUACUCUCAUGGANCUCUUCCUAGAUACAUUUGCUAGAGUUGCUGGUUACUGUGAACAGACAGAUAUUCACUCCCCAUGUUUGACUAUUAUGGAAUCACUUCUCUUUUCGGCUUGGCUGCGAUUACCUUCAGAUGUUGACUUGGAGACACAAAGGCAACCAAUGNCUGCUGCCAUUGUCAUGCGGACAGUGAGGAAUAUUGUCAAUACCGGGCGUACAAUAGUCUGCACAAUCCAUCAGCCCAGCAUAGACAUUUUUGAAUCUUUUGACGAGCUUUUAUUAAUGAAGCGUGGAGGAGAACUCAUCUAUGCUGGUCCAUUAGGGCCCAAGUCUCGUGAACUUAUCAAGUACUUUGAGGCAGUUGAAGGAGUGCCAAAGAUCAAAUCUGGCUAUAAUCCUGCUACAUGGAUGCUUGAGGUCACUUCUGCAGUUGAAGAAAAUCGUCUUGGAGUCGAUUUUGCUGAAGUUUACCGGAGAUCAUCUCUAUUCCAACGAAAUCUAGACUUGGUUGAAACCUUGAGCAGGCCCAUCAGUAAUUCAAAAGAACUAAACUUCCUAACAAAGUAUUCUCAGUCAUCUUUCAAUCAGUUCUUAGCUUGCCUAUGGAAACAGAAUUUGUCUUACUGGCGGAAUCCACAGUACACUGCAGUGAAAUUCUUUUACACUGUUAUUAUCUCAUUGAUGCUUGGAACCAUAUGUUGGAGAUUUGGUGCCAAAAGGGAAACCCAACAAGACUUAUUUAAUGCUAUGGGAUCCCUCUAUGCUGCUGUUCUUUUCAUUGGAAUCACCAAUGCCACUGCCGUUCAACCAGUUGUUUCAAUUGAGCGGUUUGUCUCGUAUAGAGAAAGAGCUGCUGGAUUGUAUUCUGCAUUACCAUUUGCAUUUGCUCAGGUGGCUAUCGAGUUCCCUUAUGUGUUUGCACAGACAAUUAUUUAUUGCGCCAUUUUCUACUCCAUGGCUGCAUUUGACUGGACAGCUUUGAAGUUCAUUUGGUAUAUUUUCUUUAUGUAUUUUACCUUGCUAUACUUCACUUUCUACGGAAUGAUGACAACAGCUAUCACACCAAAUCAUAAUGUGGGUUCCAUCAUUGCUGCUCCCUUCUAUAUGCUUUGGAACCUCUUUAGUGGCUUCAUGAUUCCUCACAAGCGAAUCCCAAUAUGGUGGAGAUGGUAUUAUUGGGCUAAUCCUGUGGCUUGGAGUUUAUAUGGACUCCAAGUAUCACAAUAUGGCGAUGACAAUAAGCUUGUAAAGCUAUCAGAUGGAAUUAACUCGGUAGCGAUCCACGACGUUCUCAAGCAUGUUUUCGGGUUUAGACAUGAUUUCUUAGGCGUAGCUGCCAUCAUGGUCUUUGGUUUCUGCCUGUUUUUUGCCACCAUCUUUGCUUUCGCCAUAAAAUCCUUCAACUUCCAAAGGAGAUGAGAGGUUUGGUUCUUAUAGAUUCUGUAUAGUAUGUACCUAAGAUCACUCAUUGUACACUUCUAGCUCGAAGUUUUCUAUAUAGAAAGAAAUAAUAGUUUCUUCA